CAAAACAUAGAAAUAUUAUUUACAAAACAGACCAAAUAAAAUCCUUCGUUCUUCUCGGUUUCAUGGUGUUUAUUUUGCCUUUUGUAAUAAAUAAUUAAGAAUAUUGUUCCGAUUUCAAUGCUUCGUAACACUGUGAAAGAUUAUAUUCUUGAGAGCUGUCGUUUGAUUCCAUGAAUAUCCUUCGUAUGACGACUAACUUAAAAAAAAACCUAGCCAGUCUUAAGGAAGGGAAUCGAGAGAGGAUACGAAGAUACAGCUAAAUAUGUGAAUGUUACAGGACUAUCGAAACUAGUGGCACUACUGCAACCGCAAGUAGAGCAUCCUCUUUGCCGUCCUGAUUUCUACCACAACAAGGAAGUCCCAGUCCACACCAGUUGGAAUCAGUUUGAAGUGUGGUGAAAAACCAACAUGAACACUAGCUCGAGAUCUGUGCAAAAGAUAACUUUGGUAACACCCCGCCGAGUGUUGAAAACUACCAGUGACAAGGAUCGAAGGCGUAUAAUAUCGGCCUUUGAAAAGGGUGUCUCGGCACCAGCCAUCGGUAAAAUUCUAAACAUAAAGCAAGGAACGGUGUAUGGAAUCAUAAAAAAUUAUAAGGAACGUUUGCAGAUUGAUUCUAAGAAGCGUGGGGGACAAAACCCCAAAUUGUUGACACCAGAAGCAAUAGAUAGUAUACAUCGCUGGGUAGACGAAAAUGAGUCCGUCACGCUAAAGGUGCUGACGGAGCGAGUGUUUAAGGAACACGGUCUGCGCGUAAGCUCUACCACGGUAGCGCGGGAAGUCAGAGCGUACAAAAAUCCGACAAAGAUGCCAAAAAUUCAGUACCGAUGCGAUCGAUGCACCUUAAACCACCAAACCGAGGAAUGUCCGUUUGAUGAUGAAGUAAUUGAAGGCUUGAAAUGUUCCACCUGCAAUGAACCACAUGGUGCAAAUGAUUCGCAGUGCCCUACGCGCAAAGACCCGUUCGCGACGAGUUCACUCCCAAGCGAGGAAAUUGAGCAUGAGGAAAGUUCGACACAAUCUUCGCUGGACGCAUUGUCACCGCUGAAAGCUGAACCGUCCUGGCCAUCGUCCGCAACUCAAAGCCCUGCACGGGAAACUAGCAUCGUGACUGCAACACCGUUAAGUUUUCAAAACGACGUUUCUCACAUUAUCAUCGAAGAAGCGGACGCACUGUCUACUUCCACUGAUGCAAAUUCCCUGCACGAUCCUGAAACGCUGUUGACCAUUUUCAAAGAGAUGAGCGCCAAACUCAGGGCCUGUCGUACUAAGGCGGAUCAAAUCCAAGUACUCGGAGAGAUCAUUAUUCGUUACGGAUAGGUUGAGUGAUAGUGACCGGUUUGCAACGCUAUGCAUGGGCUAUAUACACUGUUGAUUGCCAUUGCUAUCACUAUUCAGUGCCAGGGCAAUGAAAUACCAACGUUAGUAAAGCGUUGGACAUUAGGAUCACUUGCAUUAGUGAACGUUUUCAGUUGACUUCGGUUUGCCAACGGCGUCGGCAUCAUUGGAGAACCGAAAUAUUCAAAGUAAAAUGGAAAUCCUCGUUUCUGGUUGACGUUGCUGGAAUGGAUGUUAGCGAUUUGCGUCUCGUCGAUAUUAGUGAAUUGAUGGGAAUAUGCGAAUCACUAAGACGUUAGUAACAACUUGAACAGAAAAGUUUGCACUUCGUAGGACACUGUCAAUGAUGCUUGGCGGAUUUAGUGUGCCAGAAUUAUCGGUAUCCUAUAUCCUAUAAUCCUAUCACUAAAAUAUAAGCUGGGCUAAUUAUUCCCGGGGCUAUCAGAUCGAUGGGACUCUUCGCGAAUAUCAGCAAUAAAAUGGAGCAAAGAACAAA